CGAGGAGGAACUGUGAUAUUAUUUUCCAUCGAGUUAUUCAGAUUCGGCGAAAAAUAGAUUAUAGUGACCUGGAACAACCAGGAAAGUUUGAGGACAUCCCAGAAUGUCAAGAGCAGAUUUGAUGCUAUACAAGGCCAACUCAAAGUGGCGAUACAAAGCCAUCAGACGCUGGUUGCGAGGAUGAAAUCGGAUCCACAGAAUGCGGAGUUCAAGAAGAAGCUGCACCAGUUCCAAGCCGAGAUCACUUCACUGAGUGAAAAACAGAAAUCCAUUGUUCAGAAGUUACGCCGAGAUCUACUUGUAAACCAGUCUCAACAAAUCAAACAAGCUCCAAUAGUACAAACAAAUGCUGUUCCAAAAGUACAGCCAAAGCCUAUUUUACCACGGUCAGAUGUUCUACCUCAGCCCACCAACCUGUCCACCAAGGUGGUCAACACAGUCCCAGUGUCACCCUCUCCUCAAGCGCGGCAGAUUGUGGUACCCACUCGUCUAGUACAGCCCAAUGGCCACAUCAACACCACCACCAAGACAACAACGACAACAUGCCCACAGAUCCUCACCAGUUCUCCCGCAGUGCAGGCUGGAGACAAGCCCUCCAAGGUGCAGUUACCUCCCCAUGUUCAGGUCCGACAGCCCGCCCCUACUCAGUAUCGCAGCAUUUCUCCAGCUACAGGUCCUCGCAGUAGAUCUCCCUCAGUACAGGUCAAGAGCACUUCCUCUCCCAUCAGAGUACCACAAUAUCCCCUCACCAAGUCUACACUGCUGCAGAGCCAAAAGACUGUAAACAGCAAGGACAAUGGAGACAAAUCUUCUAUGCCUCCGCCUCCAACUACCCCACCAGUACGAAAACCAUCCGAUUCUGAGCCAAGGGAAUUAAAGCGAACAAUGGACAAGAAACAAACAUCGCCUGCAGAGAAAAAGAAGUUGGAAUUCAUGGCAGCGUUGGAUCUAGUCACACCUGAAACAUUAAAAGAAUUACAAUGCAAGAGAACAGAAAGAAAGCGCAGAAGCACAGCAAAUCCACAGUUUAGUUACAACUUUGAACCAGAAAGAAAGCGAGUUACAAAUUACCUAGCAAACACAUUACCACCAGGUGUGAAGAGACCCAGAGGUCGUCCUCCCAAAUAUGGCCCUUCCCCAAACAAUAGUAGACCAACAACCCCUGAUGGCUUGGCAGGAGUUUCGUUUAAAAAUGGCUUUCCUAGGAAUGGAUUGGCAGAUGGUGAUGUGCAUGAUGAUUUCUGUGCGGUAUGUCGGCGAAGUGGGGAACUGCUGAUGUGUGACACCUGUAGUUUAGUCUAUCACCUGAACUGCCUGGACCCACCACUGGCCACAAUACCAUCAGGCAUGUGGAGCUGCCCCAAGUGUCAGCUCACUGGUAUGAAGAGACCGCCUCCCUCCCCUGUUAACUCGGGAACUCUGGCUAUUGUACAUUCCUAUUUGACCACCAAAGCUUCGAAAGAAGAUGAGAGGAAAAAGCUACAAAAAAGGAGUGCAGAAUUAUCCAAUGAGAAAGUCCAACUUGAAAAUAAAAGUAAACAGCUUAAUGAAUGUCUUACGAAACAAAUCCAACACAAACAGAAACUCCUAGCAGACACCAAAGAGGCCACAGAGUCCAUGGAAAAGUUAAAGAAAUUUAUUCAAGUGUUCCAGUCUUCUUGAAGGCUAAAGAUGGGAGACUGAGGGUGCUACACUAUUUACUGUCACAUUGCCUUUGACAGGCUACAAACAUUGACUACCAUUUCUUGUCGUACUUGAAACAUUAUUGGAAAAUAUUUCAUAUGCAAUUUUUAUUUAUGUUGUGCCCUUUUCUAUUUUUUAUGACAAUCUGCUCAUUCAUGUCGAUGAUGGCAAAAUUCUAGUGUUUCUCUCUUUUGUACAUUUGUAAAACCAUUUAUACAUUUCAAAGAGUACAAGUUCAGUUCAUACUGGGCCUACUUUAAGGCAAAGGACAUGAAGCUGGGGGUGUUUUCCAUGCUAUUUAGUCAUUCCUCUCCAGUUCCUUCAGUGUUUUUUUCAGGCUUUUGCAUGAGGAAAUGUUGAUAUUGUACUAGUCUUGCCCUGGAAAGCAGUGUUUGAAUGUGAAGUGUGUUUUCAAGGCUUAAGAGUUAUCUCCCUUGUAAAUACCUGUUGUAAUAAUAUUAAAAUGUUUUGCCAAGUGUUGUGUGAUACCCUGAUGACUUAAUUUUUGUGGCAAGUGGUCAGGGGAAUGUUUUGAACUCUUGUGUGCCUCAGAAUACAAUAACUUAUUUAUUAUCUUUGUUGAUGUUAUUGGCCAUUGUAGAUGCUGAAUAGUUUGGCCACAGUUUAAUGUCUUCAGUACUUAUACUUUUCAGCUUGUAGAGAUAUAUGUAUAUAUGUAUAUUCCAUAUGGAGUGUAUUAUAUGGAUAUCUGGUGCCAGAUUCUGUACCAGUUCCAGAGCAGUUAAAAAUUUUAACCAUGAUUCAAUACAAAUGUGAUUUAAGCUACACAUAGAAAUUCAAUUUCAUGAAUCAAUAUACAUGUUUAAGACUGGAUCAAAGAAAUGCUGUAUGUGAUCUCAAUUUCAACAAUUUUUUUUUUAAUUAAGGCUUUGAAAUUAGAUUUAAGUUAGACUUUUGUGUUGGUUUAUUCCAGACAGUUUGUGAUGUGUGUUUUUUUAGGGUGCAGUCUACCAGAGAGUAUGUAAGCGCUCAGCUUUUGUUAAAAUUACCAUUUUCUUAGACCCUUGUGAGUGGUCGGAUCUCUGUCAUGAACUUUGUGGGUUCUGUAAACAGAUAUUUGAAGGAAGGAUGGUCAAGUCUGACACACCUCAGAAUAAUGGACUGAUUUCACAAUGUUUCACAUUCUUCUGGCUGACCCUUGAAAUUAUAGGUUCAAAUUUAGCUCCUAAUGGUUUGGUCACAGCCUGUAGCCUGUAGGGGGUUUUCGGUUAUCUGACUCUGCUUGGUUUCUGCCACUCCUGCUCGGUUUCUGCCACUCCUGCUCAGUUUCUGCCACUCCUAUAAGUAAAUAAAUUCUCUCAGAUCUGUUUUAUGCCCAGGUGAAGGUUGUGUUUGUAGAAUAAACUACAUGUAAAUUAAUUAAUAUUCGCUGUAUUAAUAGGGCUUGAUAUUUGAACAGUGUACUUGCUGGCUGAAUGCAAUCUACUUAACAGCUGCAUUUAUGCUAUUGACUUGGUUAAACUUAAACAUAAACACAUUCGGUCUCAUGUAUUGCUUAGUGGUUUGCACUUUAUGCAAGUAUUCCAAAUGUGAAUAUUAUAUUUCAAUCAGAAUGGGUAACAGUGUAUAAAACUUGUGAAUGUUAAUAAUUACCUUCAUAUAAUAAGUUGUCAGUUGGGAAUUUCCAGGAUUAUCUUCCAUGAUUUAUUAUAUGAUUAUGUUUAUUAAAUGCCUCAUAAAUUUUGUCGAGUCGGAUGAAGCAGUGAUUCCUGCUUAACUUACUACGUCAUAAUAACAGUGCCCUUUUCCAAAGGCCUAAAAUAUGCAUUAUUCAGCAAGGUGUCACAAUGAAGGAAGCAGUUUUAAGUGCCCUAAAUUAAUGUAUUUUAUUCGCUCCGUUUCUUGUGUGUAUCUCAUAAGCUCUCUGACUUGCCAGGUUUUCUAUGUGCUCUUACAAGUGCUUCCUAAGAGCUGUGGUUCUGUCUUUGUGUGUAACUUAACAGAUACUAGACUUUCGCUCUUAUUCAUCCUCCCCAGUGGUAACUAAUUAAUAUGGCAUAAAUAUACACUCUGGUUAAGCAUGUUGGAGAGUAACAUGGUAUGUCAUGGUGUGUCAGUGAUAACAGAUAACUCCUGUUAGUAUACUCAGUAACAAUCAGAACUGUUAAAAUUUCUCAGACCUAUGUGGCCACUUUCACAAAACUUGGUAAGUAAAUUCUUUGUAAGCUUUCCUCAAUCAUUGUAGCAUUAGGGCGGUAUAACCUAAACCACCUCAUUUAGGUAAAUAGUUUCGAGAAAUUGGAUGUACAAAGUUUUGUGUAAGUGGCCUCUGGUGUGCAUUGUAUGAAAGGUCAUGAAUAUGGAAGCACCAGCUGUUUGUUGAUAUUUCCUUGAUGUUUUUGUACUCGGAUAUUUUAGACUUGGGGAAGGCUGUCUGCCUCUCCUUAUGUUCCCUAUAUUCAGUGGUUGUGCAUGGAGUUUGUAUUGUAUCUGAUACAUACAGGUUUGCAGCUGAGAGCCUGGGGUUCACUCCAGGACAGGUGAGGAAGAGAAUUCUGGUGCUGAUAACUUCCACACCAAUUCUGGGAUCAAUUGAUCUAUUUUUUACACAUAUCUUGACUUAUAUAUGCAGUCUGCGUGUUUGCUUGUCAUCUCAUAUAUACAUGUCCAUGUAAUUGAAUAAUAUGUGACUCUCCUACCAUGGUGCAUAAUAUACAGGACUUAACAUCAUCCUACUCCAAUAUCAGCAAAGUCCUUAUCAUUGAUGUCAUCUCAGCAAAAUGUGUACGAACUAUAUUUAAACCUUUUCAGUACCUUUUCUCCUGUUAUUUGUAAAUACUACAAUUAUAUAGAUACCCCAGCCUUUGAGGCAUUUCUAUUGACAAUAUAAAUAUUAUCAAUGUUGACCUGGUUUAAAUGUAUGUUAUAUAUUAUCGUAUACAGAAAUACUUAAAACUGAGUCUGCCGGCCACCAAGACUUUAUGCUUUGCACGGCGGUUUUCUGGAUACAAAUGUGUCAAUAUGGCAUUUUUUUUUUUAAAUUUUGACACAGUUAUGAUAGCAGUAUGUAUGUGUAUGUUUAUGAAAGUACCAAACUUGUCCAGGAAUAAAUAUCUGGAAAAACUUA